AAAAAUUGUGAGGGACGGAGUAUUUAUUUUCUGGACAAUUAGGCCCCGAAAAGUAUUCCUUGUCAUUGUAGUGGAAAGGUCGACGUUAGAGGUGCUGCCAUCUUUAUUGUUGGAAGAGAAAAGGAAAGGUCGAAAAUGGAGAAGUGGAAGUUGAAAGGGACGGUGAGUAGUGAUUUCCGUUGGUAUUCCGACGACGGCUGUUAUACUGAUGAUGAGUGUGAGGCAAAUGAGAUAUGCACUGUUAAGAAGAGGAGACUGACGCAGACGAAUCUGUUCCAGUUGUGGGGCCUUGAGAAGCCUAACCUCCAACAGAGUAACAACAACAACAAGACGGCUACUUCUCAACAGCGCCUUUGCCCCUUCUAUAAGAACAUUCCAGGAACACCCUUCACCGUUGACGCAUUCUGCUAUGGUCCUGUCAAAGGCUGUUCUGCCUAUUUCCUUAGUCACUUCCAUGCUGAUCACUAUAUUGGCUUGACAAAAGGAUGGUCACAUGGGCCUAUCUACUGUACCAACCUCACUGCUCGCUUACUGAGAAUCUGUCUUAAUGUUACUCCAUCUUUCAUAUGUCCUCUGGAAUUAGGUACUGAGAACAACGUUAAAGGAAUCAAAGUUACUAUGCUUGAUGCUAAUCACUGUCCUGGUGCUGCUAUCAUUCACUUCCGUCUCCCAAAUGGACAAUGUUACUUGCACACCGGAGACUUUAGGGCUUCGAAGCUGAUGCAAUCAUAUCCACUUCUUGCAAGCCAACGUAUUAAUAUACUUUACCUUGACACAACAUAUUGCAAUCCAAAGUACAGGUUUCCUUCAAAAGAAGAUGUUUUGGAAUUUGUUGUAGGCGUCACGAGAAGAUAUUUGAAUAAUCAUCCAAAAACCAUCGUGGUUGUUGGUGCAUACAGCAUUGGAAAAGAACAUGUGUAUUUGGCAAUUUCAAAGGCACUGGGGGUAAAAAUAUAUGCAAAUGCUUCCAGGAGGCGCGUUCUUCGGUCUUUUGGAUGGGCUGGAAUUUCUGAAAAUCUGUCAACAAACGGGAAAGAUACACCUUUGCACAUAUUGCCUAUAUCAUCCUUGAGAUUUGAGAUGCUGCAGCAUUAUUUGGCAUCACAAGACGGACAGUACACUAGCAUGUUGGCAUUCCGACCAACAGGAUGGACUUACUCAGAGACCAUCGGGGAUAAUCUAAACUUAAUAAAACCCACUUCUAAGGGCAACAUCACUAUUUAUGGUGUUCCAUAUAGUGAGCAUUCUAAUUUCACAGAGCUGCAGGAAUUUGUGCAGUUUCUGAGGCCAGAAAAGAUAAUUCCUACUGUUAAUGUGGGAAAUGCUGUUAAUCGUGGCAAGAUGCAAUCAUACUUCCAGCAGUGGCUGAAAGCCUGAAAGAGGAGCUGUUCUUCGGGAGUUGUGUUCUUUGGUUUUUCUAUUGUUCUAAUUCUUCUGGAGAUUAGGAAGUGGAUUAGAUAGGUUACUGAAAUGGGAAUGGUGUUAUACGGUUGUAAAGCGUUUUUAAUCUUGUUAUAGGCUCGCCUAGCGAACUCUUGGUGUCCAUUUUUGCUGACUGCACGCUAUGCCCUAGUUUUAAAUCUUAUGGAUUUAUUGUAGAAAUCAACUUUUUGCGCAA